CAUCCGAUUCAACUGUCACUCACUCGGGUUCGGUCGAGUGGGGAAACACUCUACCCGGAAAGAAAUGGCGAUGAAGUGGAUUCGCUUCUCUUUCCUCGCCCUCGCUGUCUUGUCGCUGUGCCCCGACGCGUCCGGUGACAGCAGCAGCGCCGUGAAGAAGAUGAAAAUGCAGUUCGCUGCCGGCCCGUUGCUCAAGUUUCAGAUUUGCAUCUCCUGAGGGUACAAGCGGAUGUUUGAGGAGUACACGCAGGCCUUGUACCAGCGGUACCCGGACAUCCGCAUCGAGGGGGAGAAUUACCUUCCCAUCCCCGCCUAUCGGCACUUUGCUUCCUUUCUGUCUGUCUUCAAACUGCUAGUGAUUGGGAUGAUCAUUAUCGGCAAGGACCCGUUCGCUCUCUUUGGCGUGCAAGCCCCGGGGAUCUGGGAGUGGGGCCAGGGAAAUAAGAUAUACGCCUGCAUGAUGGUGUUCUUUCUCAGCAACAUGAUUGAAAACCAGUUGAUGUCCACGGGAGCUUUUGAAAUAACAUUUAAUGAUGUGCCAGUAUGGUCCAAACUCGAGUCGGGCCACCUGCCCUCCAUGCAGCAGCUGGUGCAGAUCCUGGACAAUGAAAUGAAGAUGAACGUUCACAUGAACACAAAGCCGCUCCACCACUCCUAACAACGCUCCUCACUGUGUAGGCCGCAGCCGAAAGCCCCUCCGUGUCUGAGGUGGGCCUCUCGCAGGGCUGUGACGUGAUGUUUAUGAAGGUCUGCGCUGAAGGCAGGACCACUGCUAGCACAGACUGGAUGACCCCUCCGCCCCCACACACAACACAGCCCUCAGAGAUGAUCCGCCCCCGACAGCAGAGCGGGCUUGAUGGCGACACUGCCAACCAGUCGGUCAUUUUCUUGAACUAUUCACUGAACAUUUGAUCCAAGCAAAAAGUCGAAUUACGAGUUUUACAUGGUUGCGUAUAAAGUAGUCCGAUAAAACGUAUAGCACCUGAGCCAAACGUACACGCUGCUUCAAAAGUCACCGUGCACGGACAUUUUUUUGAUAAGAGUGCAUAUGUACCGUCUGUAUUAUGCACUGAAAUCUUCAAGUUGGCUAUAUUCAAGCUGUUAAAUGACUUUUUGUCAACUCAAGUACAUUAGAGAGGCGUUGGCUGUUCCUGCUUGAGCUUCUGGACCGAGUCCUCUCCGCUUCUCCAGGGGCUCAAGUCAGGGAUUCCUGCACUUGAGUGCCAAUUCCACCAAUUCACGACAUUGCGGUAAUAAAUCGGCACACACUCGCUUGUCGUUUUCUGUUCUGUUGUCUUUAUUACUUGCCACACGCACACAGAGAGAACUCAACAUGAUCAGAUAUGGAAUACCCAUGAACUUCCUGCGUUCUAUUUUUGCAACAUGUCUUAAAAUAUACAUUUUCAGUAUCAAAUAUGUACCUCGUGUAGUCCAGAUUGCAUCACGUCUUCAAAAUUCAAGUGCACGGUGACUUCUUGAGCAUCCUGUCGAAUUUACUCUCAAUUUCUUGUCGUCAAAGUAGCUUCAGCCCUUGUCGAAAAGUGACUCGUCACGCUGUUGUCAAACUAACAUCGGGUGGUUUGUUUUUUUUCUGCUAUGAUUUCUGAGUAAUUUUUAUAUUUGCAUAACUUGGAAUGAGUUGAUACAAUGAAUUAAAAACCUCUUGUGACUAUGAA